AUAGCGGGCCGACUGUCUGAUUGUGUUUUAACAUUUAAGUAUUUAACCUCGUGUUCUGACUAUCUGACUACAACAAGUAUAACACUACAACUACGUCUACUUAGUAUUUAUAUUUAAUACAGUACGAGUGAGUUCGUCACUGUGGACAACGGUUGUAUUUUAAAUAGGCAUACAUAAAAAAUAAACAUUAAACGCGUUCGACAACUAAAUAUAUUGACAAUUUUUGACUAGCAUUUAUAUAUUUUUUAUUUACUACAUCUUUGUGAAUCUAAUCCCUCUUCCAACGUGGAAAUUCGUUAUUACGUAAAGUAACAGUCGUUUUCGUCGAGAUUAUUGGUUAUUAGUUUUGGAAUCUUUGUUCAUCGUUUUUGCAGACUCAUAGUCAUCCACAACAGCGAUGAGUACCACCAACGUUACAGUAGAAUUGCCGUGUGAUUCAAAAACCAUCAAAACUGAAAAGGAUACUGUGGUUCCUCCAAUAGUCGACGUAAAAGUAGAAGUGCCAGCUGAAAACGAGACUGUGGAUUCUACUGUAGUUGACAUAAAAGUAGAAUUUCCGGCUGAAUCAAAAACCAUUAAAACAGAAAACGAGACCGUAGUUCCUCCUGUAGUCAACAUAUCUGCAAACCUUGAGAAGAACAUUGUUAAGCAGCUUGGGUUUUACUUCAGUGACACUAAUCUACCUUAUGACAAGUUCCUACAAAAUGAGAUUAAAAAUGAUGAUGGUUGGGUGAAAAUUGAUGUGCUGUUGACAUUCAAAAGAUUGGCAUCUCUAUCCAAGGACCCAGCAGUAAUUGCACAGGCUGUCAAAAAUGCCACUGAUAGCAUCUUGGAAGUCUCGGAAACUGGCGAUAAGAUCAGGCGUAAGGCAGACAGUGCUGUGCCAGUGGCUGAUCAAGAGUUCUUAAACGAGAUGAUUGCGCGUUCAAUUUACUGCAAAGGCUUCCCAAAAACAGCUACUAUGGAUGAACUGUUGGAAUUUGCUUCAACUUUUGGUGAUAAGAUAAUUACAAAAGUCACACCUCGAAGACUCAAAACUAAAGAGUUCAAAGGUACCCUUUACUUUACUUUCAGUACCAAAGAAGAAGCUGAGAAGUUUUUGAAACUGGAAUCUGUUAAAUACAAAGACGUUGAACUGGAACGCAAGUGGGAAAAAGAUUUCCUCGAAGAGAAGAAAAAAGAAUAUGAAGAUAAACUUGCUAAGAAAGAUCAGAAAAUAAAAGCAGAGACUGAGAAAUAUUUUAAAAAAGGAUUUUUACUUAAAGUUGAUAAUGUGGAUGAAUCUGUUACAGUUGAAAGUAUCAAAACUAUUUGCUCGGGAUUUGAAUGGCAAGUAGCCUUUGUGAAAAUAGUUGAAAACGAAAAAUUAGCUUGGAUUCGAUUGAAGCCUGUGAAAGCUGCUAAAGACCUGUUAGAAGAGGUCGCUGAAAAAGUGAAUGAUCUGAAGAUUAAGUUCUCAUUACCAAAUGAGGAGGUUGAACAAACUGUGUUAAACGAAAUGACCAAGGAAAUGAAAGGCGUUCUCAACAUGAAAGACAAAAUGAAAAGGGAGAAGAACAGGAAUAAGGGAGGGAAAAGGUAUAACAAGCGGAAAAACGACGAUGGAAAUUCUAAUAAUAAACGAUUUAAAGCAAACGGAAAUUAAUUUAGUUAUUUAUUAUAUAUUUUUUUUUUUUUAUACAAUAAGGACCUAAAAAUGUUUAUCUUUACAAACUAAGAUUAAAGAUAACCUAUUAUAAUUAAUAAAA